ACGCGCACGGAGACGUCGUCUCCAUCGCGACCGCUGCCGUGUAAUACGCGCACAGGUACACGGACAGAUAGAUAACAGGUUGGAGGGUAGGCUGUAGGGAGGUUAAAAAAAAAAAGAAUCGACGUGAUAAGAAAGAAACAAGAGAAAGAAAUGCAUAAAAAAAAGUGCUUUCGUUCCGGGCGAUAAGACCCUGCCGUCAGGUACACGCUUUCAGCCAGAAGCGACAGUUAGAGAGGCGCGGUCGGGACCCGCCAUAUUUUUUUAUGCACGUCGCGAUGUUUGUACCGAAGGUGAUGCUUAAGACGUGCGUGACCAUGAGGAUGUCAUCACGAGAACGUUAGGAGAACAUACGACCACGUGCAAGAUGGCGCGCCUACUUGCGGCUCGUUACUGUCUCUUCUUCAGCAGCAUCUUCAUCUGGCUGUUCGGCAUCGUGCUGCUCGUGGUGGGCGGCCUGCUGCGUUCGGAUCCGGACGUGCGGCGAAUCGCCGAGUACUUCACCGUGUUCGACAACUAUUGGGCGGCGAGUGUCACCACGCUGUUCGUAGGCGCCUGCCUACUCCUCGUCGGCUUCCUAGGCUGCUGCGGGGCUUUCUUCGAGAACAAGCGACUGCUCAUUGCGUACAACGUGUUCAUGGUGUUCUUCGUCGUCCUUGAGUUGGCUGUCAUGGGCCUCGUGUGGAAGCAUGCCAAACAGGAAGCGAUGGACAGAUACCUGUCACAUGCCUUUAGAAGACUCAUCACGAAGUCCAAGAAUGCAUUUGUGGAUAUUGAAUACUUCUUGGACAAUAUACAGUUCAAGCUCCAGUGCUGUGGAGGAGCCGGACCCCAGGACUAUGAGAAACUGGAGAUGGAUUACAUGGGAAGCUGUUUCUAUUAUGACCACGAGAAGGAGGCUGCUGCAGUCUACCAACAAGGAUGCGGUCAAGAAAUGAGAAGAUUCUUGAUGGGAAAGAGCCUUGCUGUUGGCCUCAUCUGCCUUUUUGUUCUACUCAUUCAGGUUGGAAGUAUAGCCAGUGCCGUCUACGUGCUGAGGGUGACGGGAAAGCCGAAACCGAAGGUUACAGCUGUGUAAAUGAACACUGCAAUGGCACGGUUUCAGCAAGGGCCAUUUUUUGAACAUCACACACAUCAUCACGUGCCUCAAGUACACCAAAACCACUUGUGAUACAAGCGA